AUGGCAGUGGCGAAUAAUGUGUCAGACGGUCAGCUGUUUGCAAAGCAUGCCGAACUUGAAUCGAAAAAGGCCCUCCAUUUUAGCUUCCACAUUCGACGUCUACGGAUACAGGCAUCCACCGCGCGCAUAUUACAUAUCGAUCACAGUCGGGCAAUCUACUACUUUAAACAUGAACAAUCAAAUAUUCCAUUUCUCCGUUUCAUUGAACAGGAAGGGGACGUGCCCACAUCGGCUCUGGUUUGGCACGGCGUGGAGCACGGGCAGACGUUGAAUGUGGAAUUUGUUCCGCGUCUGAGAGGUUAUAUUAAUGCUUGCACCUACCGGCAGAAUGGCUUGAUCAAGGGCCCAAUUCACAGUAGCUGUCUUUUCGACCAAGACCUCAGUACUCUCGAUAAACAUACCACGUGGGUCGUCACAUACGAUGAGACCGCCAGAAGUUUUAGGAUCGAUGAGGAGAUAACGAGCGAGGUUCAACAUUGCUUUUCAUGA